UAUCCCGAGGUGUAGAGGGGAGAGGGAGCGGUUCAGAGAAGAGAGGGAUAAAUAGCAGAAGAGAGGAGCAGAAGGGACACGGGCUGCUGCAACCCACAGGCGUCAAGAUAACACAGGACUUUUAAUAUCUGUUAGAUGAGAAUCUAAUUAACGGUGCGCCAAAAUACGCACUCACUGGGAAUUUGCUCUUCAAGGUUUAACUUUUCCCUUUCCUCGCUUCACGGACUCACCCUCGUCCACUUUCACGCACAGGGGUUCCCUUCCCAUCACUUGGACCUCCUGAACAGCAGUAAAACGGAAUCGGGUGAUAUCUGUGAUGGGGGCAACGGCCGAGCUUGGGAGCUUCGCCAACGGAUUUUUGGACAGCUUUGGUGCCGCGGGCGCAGCCCCGGCUCCUGUUGGCUCUCAUUUUAUUCUCACCCCGGCCGGGGCGGUGGACUAUAACUCGGUUACCGGACUGAUGAUGGGGGGACAGGGGCUGCAGCAGGAGCACUUGGUGUCCGCGGAGAGGCUGUCCCGGAGCCUGGCGGAUCUCAGCCAUCUGAAAGGGAUUCUGAGGCGGAGGCAGCUGUACUGCAGGACCGGUUUCCACCUGGAGAUCCAUCCAGACGGCACCGUGCAGGGUACCAGGAAAGACCACAGCCGAUUCGGUAUUCUAGAGUUCAUCAGUCUAGCUGUGGGACUUGUCAGCAUCAGAGGGGUGGACAGUGGCCUUUACCUCGCCAUGAACAGCAAGGGAGAACUGUAUGGAUCGGAGAAGCUAUCAGCAGAAUGUGUUUUCAGGGAGCAAUUUGAAGAAAACUGGUACAACACUUACUCUUCUAAUAUCUACCGGCAUGGAGAGAAAGGUGCAUUUUAUUUUGUUGCUCUGAACAAAGAUGGAACGUCCAGGGAUGGGACAAGGUCCAGGCGGCAUCAGAGGUUCACACACUUUCUCCCAAGGCCUGUAGAUCCAGACAGGGUCCCAGACCUGUACAGAGACAUACUGGGCCAGAGCUGAGACUGACAGAGUGUUACUAUGACACUGUCAAAGCUGGUCUGAGCUGAAAAGCAAAUCAAGUGCACAGAAACUCAUCCUCCUUCCUGAGGAAGAUGGAAGAUCUUGUUGGUCUGGACAAAACAAGAUCAUACAAAGUGCACCAAAUCAACACUCCCCACCACUGGCACAGAGGAAGGAAAUGGAACCAGAGCUGCAGGGGAGUUUGACUGAACAGCACUAUGGGAGCUUCUGCAGAAGAUGUGAAGACCUCGUGACAGAGACAGAGACUUCCUGGGCCUCAAAUAUUACCCUUUUAUUGGGCUAUGCAAAGGCCAUGGUGGCCAAACAGACGAAUCGUGGAUUUCCUUUAACGUUGUACUAAUGAAUCCACCUACAUGCUGUUCCAGACUGCAUGUUCAAAAGGACAAAGGUGUGGACUUGAGAGUUGAGAAUAACCACUGGCUGCUGGUAGCUUUUUACUGCUGUGGCUGCUAAGUCUUGUCAAUUCCACUGUUUUCAGUAGGCCUUUUUAAUUUUAUUCAAACAUUACUGUGGCUGCUAAGUUAACUAUUAAUUCAAAUGCAUAAUCCACUAUAAAGUGUGGCUGGUUUACCCUAAAAAAAAAAUUGUCUCAUGCACUGGAAAGCAGCCACAUUUGUUCUGGGAAACGGGUCUUAGAAUUGAGAUGAUCACCAAUAUGUGACUGUGGGAAUGAAUGGAUACCCUUUGAAAUAAGUCCAGAGACAAAUGCUGCUCAUAAAAUCUAACUUAAAUGCAAAGUGCAUGUGAAAGAAGAGAAGAAGAACAGGUCCGAUGGAGCCUCAUGGGACCUUCUUCUUUGGUGGAACACUGUGUGUUCAGUAGAGACUGAGACUGAUUCUGGAAGCCAGUGAAGGAGUUCUGUCGUCAUCCGGCUGACCGCAGUCAAACAGCGAGCAUGGGACUGACAAAGACAACUUUACAAAAGUUUUAUUCUUAUUUAUGAGGUUUUGUUUCUUAGGACAAACAGUAUAUUUAUUUCAUAUAUUUAUUUAUUUUGAGAAUAUAUUUUUGCAGUUAUGAGAUAAAAUAAAAAACGUA